CGCGGCUGCGUCCCCCUUCUGUGGUACCGCGGCCCUCCGUUGCGGGGGGUGGGGUGGGCACCGUCUCCCUCCGUUGCCCCCCACUUUGCCCGGUGCGAGACGCGUGAGACCGGACCGCAGGGCCAGGGUGGCGUGGGGCUUUGGUUGCUCGGGGCCGCUCGGAGCACUCUGUGGACUGGCGGAACUCCGAGGGGGAGGUGCGGGGCGGCCCAGGGAAAGGGGUGGUGUCGGUACUGCCGCAGCGGCCGCGAAGCGGGAAGCUCGGUGUAGCUGCCCCAGUGCCAGCCCGUGGGGCUUCGUGGGGCGGGAACGCGCCACCUUCACGGCUUCGUGGCCUAAGGCGCGGCCCCCCCGAUUGGAAGCUGCCCUGGUGAGGUGGGAAGGGUGCGCGCCAGCUCUCCUCUGCCGUCGGCACCGUCGUCAGAACCCGAUAAAGGGCCAGACCGGAGCGAGGAAGAGGCCGAGUAUGGAAGAAAAAUCAGAACCUGAUUUGUGGAUGUUUCUUCUGGUGUUCAGCAGCUCAUGAUGUUUGGGCAAGGAAGCCGAUUUAUUUUGCACAUUCCAAGUGAAGAGAGAGACAAUGCAAUCAGAGUGUGUUUUCAGAUUGAACUUGCCCAUUGGUUUUACUUGGAUUUCUACAUGCAAAACACACCAGGAUUACCUCAGUGUGGGAUAAGAGACUUUGCUAAAGCUGUCUUCAAUCACUGCCCUUUUUUACUGCCUCAAGGUGAAGAUGUACAGAAGGUUUUAGAUGAGUGGAAAGAAUACAAAAUGGGAGUGCCAACCUAUGGUGCAAUUAUUCUUGAUGAGACACUUGAAAACGUUCUUUUGGUUCAGGGCUAUUUAGCAAAGUCUGGUUGGGGAUUUCCAAAAGGGAAAGUAAAUAAAGAAGAGGCUCCUCAUGACUGUGCUGCUAGAGAGGUGUUUGAAGAAACUGGGUUUGACAUAAAAGAUUAUAUCUGCAAAGAAGAAUACAUUGAGCUGCGAAUUAAUGAUCAGUUAGCACGGCUGUACAUCAUUCCAGGAGUUCCGAAGAACACAAAAUUCAACCCCAAAACUAGAAGAGAAAUUAGGAAUAUUGAGUGGUUUUCCAUUGACAAAUUACCAUGCCACAGAAAUGACAUGACCCCGAAGUCCAAGCUGGGUUUGGCACCUAACAAAUUCUUUAUGGCAAUUCCCUUCAUCAGGCCAUUGAGGGAAUGGAUUGCCCGAAGGAAUGGAGAUUCCUCAGAUAGCGACAAUGGAUUUUCAUCUACAGGAAGCACACCCUCUAAACCCAAUUUGGAAAAAGCUAGAUCCAAACUUCGCUGUAGUCAGCAGGUGUUUACAGAUGGCUUUUCAGGAGAGCAUAGUGUGAAGCCAAAACAGCCACAGAAGCCAAAUAAUCAUCCUGAACAGUCUGAAGUAUUGAAGAUAAAGAGUCAGAGCUUGAGGAACAGUGGCAGAAAGCAGUGUCAAGAUAAUUCUAACCAAAAGAAGCGAACAAAUGGAGCCCACAGUCAACCAGUUAAGCAGAACCAUACUUCGAAAUGUGAAAAAAGGCUUAAUCCAAGAAGACUUCAAGAUAACUUUGAAACAGAUGCAGCAUAUGAGAUGUGUUGCUCCAGUGAAGACCCACUGCUAGAACAUGUAGAAGGACAUUCUGUGGCAUGUAAUGGCCAUUAUAAAUUUACUUUCUCAUCAAGAGCUUUCUUGAGUUUCAAGUUUGACCAUGAUGCCAUAAUGAAAAGUUUUGACCUCUGACAGCAAAAUAAGAACAAAAAUCAAACUUGCCUGUUGCAUUUGAGGGGGUUUCUUAUCUAGCCUUACUCUUUCUCAGGAGUUUAGUUUAUUUUGUUUUGUUUUGUUUGUUUGUUUUUAAAUGCAAUGCAGGGACUGACUGUUGGUUUGGAAGGGUUUGUUCUCUUUGCAGUAUGGGAGUGGCAUAGUCAGGUGUUGCACUUUAAAUGCUGUAUAGCCUUUAUCCACAAAAGUACCUUUCCAGUGUUCAGUUCACUUGUUCCUAGCUGUGCAUUAGAGGGCAUUCUUUUUUUUUUUUUUCUUUAACUUGCUGUGUGUUACGUAGACUGUCAUUGACUUUUUUGAACUGUUGCUGUAUACCAGCUUGCUAAAACUUUAACUGCUUGAUGUAAAUUAUUGGACUUGUUGUUUCUGUGUAGUACAUUGCAAUAUUACGGCAGUGGCAAUGAAACUGAUUCUCAGAGGACUUCUCAGUCCUAGUGAUUUUGAAACCAAGUUGCACAUUUCAAACCUAGCCUCAGCCUGUCAUCCUUUCUCUGUUCUAGUUGCUUGCCCAAAAUACCUUCCCUCCUUCACACUGAUAGUUCUGUUGGCUGGCAAUCAGUAGUACCUGGAGUCAGAUCUACAGCAUGUUGACUUCUUGUACCUACUCUGCCUCUGUCUUCAGUAAGGAUACACAAACUGGGUAGAAUUUAGCCAUUCAGUGUUUAGCUUCAACUCUUACACACUGUUUCCAGCUGGGUAGGAAGUUGCAAGUUUUGUGUUAUCCCAGUUGCAGCUGCUUUCAAAAAGAAAAGCUUAAACUUUGUCUGUGAGAGGUUACUUGUGUAGAAUUUUUACUGAAUGUAAAUCAGCCUCUGUAGAUCUUGCUGAGGAGGAAGGCAGGUGCAUGGAUAAUAGUAAUUGUGUGACACUAAAUGGCUUAAUCAGGCUUGCAAUAACUAUUCUAAAGGUGUCCAGUAUUGUAUUCUGUGCUGUUGUCCUCAGAUCUCUUGUGUAGUGUAUGCUUUGUAUAUAUCCAGUUGUACUGGAAUUGCACUUGCAGUUAGCAUUUAAAUGAUGUAGCCUCAGUCAUUUUCAGCCACAAUGCUUUUGGGGUUUGAACAUGUGCUUUGCAGUUGAGAGAAAUGCACUGAAAUAAUUUGUCACAGCAGCUUGUGGUAGCAAGCAUGUUGUCCCAAAUUUAAAAAUAGACUUUUCUCUAAAAUAAAGGUGAGUAAUUGGUAACUUUAUAGGUUGAGCGAACUACACCCUUGUCUCAUCACAGUGUAUGCUCAUGCACUGACUCUUUAUGCAACUCAUGUAAUCCAAAACCAAAAUCCUGGUCUUCCUUCAACCACCCUACUUCAUCUACCCUACUUGAUCUGUUGCCUAGUGCUUUUCCUCAGAAAUAGCUUUAGAACUAUCUCCUGGUUUAUUUACCUGCUUGCCACCAGGUGAUUUGGGACUCUAAUGUUGUAAGAAUCCUGGCAGUAGGAGUGUUGGACUUCUGUAUCAGUCAACAGGAGAAAUAGACUGCAUUUUCUCCUUCUGGAGGACAGGAGUCUUGAAGGCCUUGUCUUUCAAGACCAAAUUGUGAAAUAGUUCCACCUAGCUUUGUCUCACUUUGUAUUAAAAAAAAAAAAAAGAAAAAAAAAGUUAUCCAAAGGCAG